AUGGCAUCAUCUAUUGAUUUACAUCCACCGAUUCAUUGGGGACAAACAUUACAUAAUGUAUCAUUACGUGUUGGACUUACGGAUGUAAAAUAUCCAAAAAUUGACAUUAAUGAAUCAAGUAUUAAAUUUCAAGCUACAGGAUGUAGUGGAUCACGUGGUGAACAAUUAUAUUCAUUUGAAAUUGAGCUUUAUAAUAAAAUUGAUGCAAAAGCUAGUAGUUAUAAAAUAAGUGAUCGUGAAAUAAAUGUUAAUUUAAAGAAAAAUACACCUGAUACAAAUAAUCCAUGGCCUCGUUUAACUAAAACAUCAGCUAAAUUACCUUGGCUAAAAGCUGAUUUUGAUAAGAUGACAUUUAGUGAAGAUGAAUCGGAUCAUGAACAAAAGAAGCCAACGUUUAACAAAAAUUUUGAUGAUGAUAUUUACAAAUCAUUUCGGCAAGAUACUCGUAGAACUAAACCAAAAGGUCUUGUUGAUCUUCGAACAAAUUGGUUACUUUUCUAUAAUCUCUUUCAAUUUAUGGCUUAUUUAUGGGUAUUUACUCGUUUAAUGAUUCAUUUUAUGGUAAAUGGACAUUUGAAAAAUGGUUAUAGGAUUGUUGAAAAUCCAAUAAAAUUAUGUCAAUCAUUAGCAAUUCUUGAAAUAAUUCAUCCAUUAAUUGGUUUUACUAAAGGUGAUUGGUUAUCACCAUUAAUGCAAUUUUUGGCUCGAAAUUUAAUUCUAUUUGUUGUUAUUAAUUAUAAUCAUCAAAUAAAACCAUCACCAAUUAUUUCUUAUCUAUUCUUAGUAUGGAGUUUCGUAGAACUUUUUCGUUAUCCAUAUUAUGGUAUUCGUCUAUUAAAUAAACAAAGUCGUAUAAUUACUUGGUUUCGUUAUACACUUUGGAUUAUUCUUUAUCCAUUAGGAGCAUUUAUUGAAGGCGUAAUAAUUUACAAAAGUCUUGAUUAUUAUCAUUCCAAUCGUUAUUUUACUGUGGAUUUACCAAAUAAAAUAAAUUUUUCAUUUAAUUUUGCUUUAUUUCUUCGGAUCUAUUUAGUAAUAUUACCAUUAGGUCUUGUUCAAAUGAUGCAACAUAUGUGGAAUCAACGGAAAAAGGCAUUGAUAAAAAAGAAUGAAUAA